CAUAGGAGGGGCCUGUGGUGCAGGAGUAAGUAGGCAGGGGACAAAGUGAGCUCAGAGUUCCAGGUGACCCUGAAGAAAGUCACUGUCCUCAUUUUUGAGUCAGAGAGACAGAGGCAGCCAGACUCCCUGACUUUCCUAGGUAGGCUGUUUGGCAGCGAAGGUCAGCCAAGUCGUGCAUAGGAGAAGGCAAUCCCCUCGACUGGGUGCGGCUUGAGAGGUAGUGACCAUAAUUGGACAGAAAAAUUAGGGACAAGAUGGGCCGGGCCAGAGCGUGAAACACCAGAGUACGCAUGCGCCUUGCCGAUGGCACCGUCCGGCGCUGGAGCGCUGAAGCCGCUGGCUGCGCAUGCGCAGUUGUUUGGCGGGAAUUUCGGAAGUAGCGGCGGCUACGCGGGACCGCGAACCGUACAACGCCGUGGAGAGCCCUCUGCGGUUACGCCGAGUUUCCAGAGGAUGACUUCCGUGACCAGACCAGAAGAACAGGAACCAAUGAUGUCCAAGACUGAGGAUCGUCAGUGGCAAUCACGUCUCAGCCCUCUGGAAGUGUUGCCUAACUCCUCUGCCUCCCUGGAGAUGACUCAAGGCAUUGCAAAGGAAAAAAAUCACCUUGGCUGCAGCCACCCUGAAGAGGGGGAAAGUUGUGAUGACAAUCAUCAGGAAAGACUUCAGUUGAGGUCAUUUCACUUGUCCCCUCAAGAACAGUCUGUCCGUCAUCAAGACAGAAGGCAGUCUUGGCGACGAGCAAGUAUGAAAGAAAUAAACCGGCGAAAGUCGUUGGCUCCCUUUCACCCAGGCAUCACAGCUCUCAGCAGCUCCAUCAGUUUGAAGUUAGCAGAAAGCAAACGGCUUGGCGCUCUACUGCUCUCCAGCUUCCAGUUCUCUGUUGAGAAACUUGAACCUUUCUUAAAGAGCACUAAGGACUUCAGCCUUGAAUGCUUCAGAGCGAAAGUAUCUUCUCUCUCUGAAGAAUUGGAACAUUUUACAGAGAAGCUGGAAAGUGAUGGAACUCUACAAAAGUGUUUUGUUGAAGAUUCAAAAGAAAAAGCACCAGAUUUUUCACUUGAAACAUCAGUGGCUGAGGUGAAAAAAUAUAUAGCAAAGUUUUCUUUAGAACGUCAGACUUGGGAUCAGCUCUUACAACAGUACCAGAAGGAGGUUCCACCCGAAGAGAUGCCCAGGGGAUCAACUGAAACUGAAAUCACUGAAGUUAAAGUGGAUCCUACAUCUUAUCUUGGGUCUUCCCAGAAGGAAGUCCUUAACACAAAGCCCGACUACCAGGAAAUCGUACGGAAUCAGAACCAAGUCUUUGCCUGCAUGGAGUUAGUGAUGGAUGAGCUGCAAGGAUCUGUGAAGCAGCUGCAAGCCUUCAUGGAUGAAAGUACUCAGUACCUCCAGCAGGUGUCAGUACAGCUCAAGAAGAGAAGCAUGGAACAAUUAGAUACUUCACCUGCUCGAAAACUGCUCAGACUCCACCUGCAGAAGUCAUCUACUACACAGUGAUCAGGAUCUUGUCAUUGUAGUUUCUGCUGUGAGCUGCCAGGGAGAGGACAGGGAAGAGCGCCUCCACAAAUGUCAGCCUCAUAGCGGUUUCCUCAAAGCUGGACGGUUCUGACUGCAGAGCACUUUCACUGUUUGAGUGACAGCAUGUAUGCAUGCAGAAGGAUGUUGUUAGAGACACUUUCUGUAGGAAUGUGCAAAAUGCUUAAAAUGACCCUCAGAACCAGUGGCCCAUUGCUUUAAAUGUCCUCACGGUCAGCACUUUUCAUCCCAUAGAUUUGUCAAGUUUUAAAACAUCCCAAAGACAUUUAGAUCCAACCUUAACAAAAUGUUUUCGGGGCCAAGUUGGGUUCUUGUCAUCAGAGAAUGAAGCUAAAGUUUUCAAGUGUGGCACUAAAGGUCGAGUGUAGAAUGUUGUUGCAUGAUAGGUAUAUUGGAUCACUUCACAAAAUGCCCAUUUUCUGAAGUGUCUUAAUGUCUAUAGUGUGCUUUAGUUUUUAAGAUUGAAUUGACCUACUACAAUCUAAAUUAUUGCAAGAAAGAUCUGAGACUAUUUAAUUUUUUUUCUCUGGAAGUUCCCCUUUGCUCCCCUAAGAAUUGACCCCAGGGCUUUGCAGGUACUAGGCAAACAUUCUCACUGAGUUUCAUCUUCAGUCCCCAUAUUUGACUUUUUAAAAAAAACAUUUAUUAUGUAUACAGUGUUCUGCCUGCAUGUAUGCUUGCACACCUGAUGAGGGCACCAGAUUUCAUUACAGAUGGUUGUGAGCCACCAUGUGGUUGCUGGGAAUUGAACUCAGGACCUCUGGAAGAGCAGUCAGUACGCUUAACUUCUGAGUCAUCUCUCCAACACAUAUUUUACUUUUUAAAAAUUGUUCUAAUUACUGAAUGGUACCUAGAACAUAAUAGCCCUGUAAGCUAUGGUUAAAAACUUUGUGUUGUCAUUUCCUGUGAUUGAGGAAAAGUUACUUAACCUCUUAUCUAGAACAUUGGAAGAAUGUUGUUAGAAUCUGUGUUUUAAGGGCACUGUAAGGAUUUUAGAUAGUAAAAGGCUACAACAAAAUUAUCAGUUUAUUGCUGAAGACUUAAAAAUGAAUAGACAGGAAAGCUAAUUUCUAAUUUGGAAUUCCAUAUGGAGAAUUCAAGCAGACUGCUGCUCUAUAUACAGGUGGAGACUUGUGUAGUAAAGUCUGGAUUAGAAAUAAAAUUUAAAAGUUAUACGUAGUUAUUGAAGAUUGAGGAUUGUAUUCAAAGUAAAACAAGAAAGGAAAUUUCAAACAGCCUCCAAGAAAGUCAGUAUUUAAUUGUCAAAGAUGGUAUUAUUGACUAUUGUUUCAAAGCAGAGAAGUAUAACAAAGAGUAUAAACUUUGGGGCAUAUCUUAAUCUCAUCGGUUUGCUCUGUCAAAAGGAAAAAUUGCCUGUCUUCAAUGGUGAUUAUGCCUUUCUCCAUUUUAUUACAUUCUAUCAUGUUUUAUUUGUAAAUGUUGGGUGUCUUCAACCUCUUAAAAAGGCUAGAAUAUUAAAAAACAAAACAAAACCCAAAACACUAAAAAUUUAGAUCUCGGCACUCAAGCAGCAGAAACAAGAGAAUCAGGUGUUAGAGGUUCUCCUCGGCUACGUAGCAGAUGCUAGGCCAGUAGACUAUAUUAGACCCGGUCUCAGCAAGACUUACGGAGCUCUAAGCAUCAUUAGUGCUUACCACAGCUUUAUGAGAGAGGCUUUUUUGUUUCUUGUCAUUCAUAGAACAUUGGAAAUGUUUCCUAAUUUAGCUGAGGACAGAUAGGCAGUGAGGGUGAACUGGCACCAGUUCAGUACUUAGUAAAUGUUAACAAUUAAAUAUAAAUCAUAUAAUAAAAGGCUGUCAAUAUUA